AUGUUAUUGACUACUGUGUGGAAAAAAGCCAACAAGACACACUGCGCAUGCGUCGGUGGCCAUGUUGGGCUACUGUACUAUUUUAAGCAAGGUUGCGAUGAAAUUAUUGAAAAAAGGCAGCGAGACGACGAGAGUGUGACCGCCUUUGUUCUCCUUUCUUUCCAUAUUCCGCGAAAGCGAGUCGACAACGGCGAUUACUGUUAAGAUAAAACCUGUCUCUGCGUCAACGUUUUAGCUUCUCGGGCUAGAUUAGCUUGUUAGCUGCUAACAAAAAGACGCGGAAGUGAUCAACACAUAGCUAAGCAGAGCUCAAGUGUGAGUGUGAAGUGUUGUGAUUGUGUGAAAAUGUGUAAAGUACAAAUGCUGAGAACGUUGGUGAAUCAGCGACUCUAACUGCGGCUGUUGAAGAAAUAUUUGUAGUGUUGGAAAGAACGAUAGCAGAGUACGAGGAGGAACUUACUCGAACAAAAGAGGAGACGAGCGACAACGUCAACUACUGGACUCUGUUUUCGAGUCUCAAGUUGAACUACACAGAGCAGAAACCAGAGAAGAACAUCAUCCCCCUGAGCAGCAGGAGUGGAGCUCCAGGAUGGAACAUGAGGAGCCACAGCUCCCCCACAUUAAACAGGAAGAGGAGGCACCACAGACCCUCCACGUUAAAGUGGAAGAGGAGGCACACAGCAUCUGUCAGAAAGGAGAACAUUUUGAAGGACUGGAGGAGUUCCCAGUGAUUGGUGUCCCUGUGAAGAGUGAAGAUGAUGAAGACAAAGGUGAAAGUGAGGAGAAGAGAGAGGUGGAGCCUCCAAGCAGCAGCUCAACUCAACACAUGACAACAGAAGCUGAUGGAGACCACUGUGGAGGAUCACAAGCACACAACCUCUUAGCUCCACUAUCAGAUAGCGACGACACAACGUCACACUCUCCUGACACUGAUGAUGAAGACUCUACGGCUGAUAUGACAUGUCACACUGACAACACACACUUUAAAUGCUCUCACUGUGACAAAACGUUUAAUAACCACAGAAAUAUGAGAAGACACAUGAUAAAUCACACAGGAGAGAAACCAUUCAUGUGCUCUGUGUGUGGUAAACAAUUCUCUCAGAAAGCACAUUUGCAAGAACAUACAAGAAUACACACUGGAGAGAAACCUUUUGCCUGCUCGGUGUGUGGUAGAAGAUUCACUAAUCAGUCAACUUGGUUGAGACACACAAGGAUACACACUGGAGAGAAAACAUGCGCCUGCUCAGUUUGUGGUAAAACCUUCGCUCAGAAUGCACAUUUGCAAGAACACACACGAAUACAUACUGGAGAGAAACCUUUUGCUUGCUCAGUGUGCAGUAAAAGAUUCACUAAUCGGUCAACUUGGAUGAGACACACAAGGAUACACACUGGAGAGAAAACAUACGCCUGCUCAGUCUGUGGUAAAACUUUCACUCAGAAGGUGCAUUUGACAAUUCACACAAGAACACACACUGGGGAGAAACCUUUUGCCUGCGCAGUGUGCAGCAAGAGAUUCAAUCAGCGGUCAAAUUGGUUGAGACACACAAGGACACACACGGAAGAAAUGUGUACCCCUGCCCAGUCUGUCAUAAAAGUUUCUCUCAAAAUGAUUAAUUGAUAACGCACAAAAGAACACACAUGGGAGAAAAAACGUAUCCCUGCUCAGUGUGCAAUAGAUAUUUUUGUGAUCGUUGAGCAUUGAGUAAACACAUGAAUGUAUACCUACGGUGGUCUGCUAUGACAUGUUGUGAUGUACAGUAUGAACUGAGUUUUCGUCCACAGGCAGUUUCUUCCUUGGGUUUUCGGUGAUCUUCCUAGUUAGUGGAUCUCUGUGCAAAGGAGAUUAGUUAAAAGCGUCAAGGUUGUACCCCUGUUUGUGUUGUUUUCAAAGGAUGUUGCAUGUUUUGCAUGAGAAUUUGAACGUCUCCGCAGCUGUCCUGUGUAUGAGGUGGUUUCAGCAGUCUUAACACACAGAAAUCUGUGAACAUGAGAAAUGUGCCAAAGCAA